CCACAGGAUCUGUAGGAUAGUAGGAUCUAAACAAGUCUAUCACCUAUAGAGGCUCCUGUAUACCUACAGUACUUACACUUUUAUUCUAAUAGUCCUUCCUAUACAAACUAGUAGAUAGUUCAUGUUAGUAUACCUACAGUACUCAAUCAGUUAACAGUCCAAAGUAGUGUACGCGGUUUACGUGUUUAGCAUUACACUUAAACAGUUUAUAGUUUAUAGUACUCGUAUAAAUUUUUAUUACAUUAGUUAUGACAUUUUAAACACUCAUUUUUUAAAUUUUAAAUCGACAGAAAAUUUUUAUCGAUAUUUAAAUUUUAUCAAUUAAUUUAUUUUUUUAAAAUAGUGAAUUUUUUUUAAAUGAGUGAAAAUUAAUUAGGUAAAUAAAUAAUGGAAAUUUUAUGGUUUUCUCGAGUUGUUGCACAUCAUCCCUAUGCAAUAUUAUCAGCAGUAUUUGUGUUGUCAUCGACAUGUUUAAUUGUUCCAUUGGCAACAAAUAAUUUUCCAGAUUUUUCAAAUCCAGAAUUGGGAUUUGAAGCACGUGGUACAGCAUUAGCACAAAGAUUAACUGCUUGGUAUAAUUUAAUGAGAGCAACUGGUGCUCGUGGUCAACUUAUUGAUAAUCCUAUUGAAUAUUAUAAUUAUUUAUUACAACCAACUAAACAGAACACAACAGAUUUAUUCAACGGUACCAGAACAAUAGCCGGCAUACUCCGGAAGAAGCCGAAAAAUAAAAACAAGAAGAAAAAAUACAAUAAACUAACAAACGAAACAAGUACAGGUGAAAGUAAAGACCAAUGGGACGAAUUGCUGAGACUGAAAAACAAUAAAAAUCGACCGGAACACAUCCACGACCCAGUGGAAAACAACCUUGAAGAAUUUUUCUGCCACGUCCCCAGCUCCUCUUACGCCCGAGUGGUCAUCGGUUCGGACAACAAAGAUAAGAAUUUAUGGUCACUGGAGGGCGUCUUGGCUCAGUGUCACAUCGACGCGAUGCUGAGAGCGAAUCCUGAAUUCCCAGACCUGUGCGAGCUUCGUUCUGUCCGGAAUCCUGAGAGUAAGAGAUGCUGUCGCAGUUGGUCUCCGGCGAACUACGUCGCGUUUUUGUCAAACCGGACCUCAUGUUUGGGUGUAACUGACACCGAUUUAAGUAGGAUUGAAAAUUUAUUGAAACGCUGCGCUUAUUAUUAUCGGAACCGUCAUUUGACUGCUGAUUGUUCUGAAGACUUUAAUUGUCAGAAACAAGUUCCCGCAGAGUGUUACAAGCACAACAAUGCGCCUUAUCAUUUACUCCAUUAUCUAUUGGAUUCUGACUUCAUGUCAUCAGAUGUAAUUAAAAAUAACACGAAUGCAACACUUGGAGCCGCAAUGUUAUUUUUACCAAUAGCUGCUAGUUCAGCGUCACUAAAAUUUUACAAAAACAUCGCAAUUGAUGGUCUAACAUACGGGAAUUUUCGGGUAGUGGCCAUGGAGUUGGGUUUGAAAAGCACAUUAUUUGACCGCCUGCUCGUUUCUGAUUCAUCAUUUUUAUUAUCUGGGUUUGCAUUCGUCACUAUUUGUAUCUGGGCCUACACAAGUUCAAUUAUUCUCACGUUAUCAGCAAUAAUGGCUGUUAUUUUUAGUCUCGGUAUUUCCUAUGCUAUUUAUACUCUGGUCAUACGAAUCAAUUUUUUUCCAUUUAUGAAUUUAUUGGCGAUCGUCGUUGCUGUUGGAAUUGGUGCAGAUGACGCAUUUAUAUUUUGCAAAAUAUGGGAAGAAAAUAAAAAAGAAAAAAUAUCAAAUGGCGGCAUGACGAAAUUAGUUCAAAAAACUUUAAUACACGCAGUACCAUCGAUGCUCGUGACAUCACUGACCACAGCUGUCGCAUUUUUUGCAUCAAUUGUCAGUAAUGUUACGGCAAUAAAUUGUUUUAGUUUGUUUUCAGGAAUGACAGUAAUAGCAAAUUUUUUCCUUAUGGUAACAUGGCUGCCAGCAAGUGUCGUCGUAUCUGAGCACUGUCGCAUCGUAAUUUUAUCACCAGCGAAUUUUAUGGUGCGAAAAAUAAUACGUCCAUUAAAAAUAACAAUGGACAAAGUAUCAAUAGGCUUCAGUAAUACAUUGUCACGUAUAGUUAUCGGACUACGCUGGCUAUGGCUGCCAAUUUUCGGUGCCUCAGCACUAGCCGGUGGCAUGAUUGUCUUCAGUUACCCUGGUUUGCGGUUGCCAGAUUCACCGAACUUCCAAUUAUUCGACAGCUUGCACCAAUUUGAACGAUACGAUUUGCAGUACGCGCGUAAAUUUUGGUUUGAAAAACGUGAAUCGGGUGAAGGAGAAGGAUUAUUGCCACUAAGGUUCGUCUGGGGAAUAAAGCCAGUAGACAAUGGCAAUUAUUUGGACCCAUAUUCCCGUGGAGAGCUCGAAUUCGACGAGACAUUCGACAUAUCUGACCAAAAAUCCCAAGUAUGGUUACACAAAUUCUGCAAAAAUUUACGAGCUCAGCCUUUUUAUCACAACACCGAGGGCCCGAUGCUGUCCAACUGCUUCAUCGAGUCAUUCCGAACAUGGAUGACCAGACGCUGCGAGGAUGUAAUCGAUCCCCAAUUAAGUCGAGCUCCUUGUUGUGAAGCCAGUCCUUAUCCUUACAAGCCCCAGGUGCUGCGACGGUGUGUUGCCGAAGCCAGCGCAGAUCUUUAUCGCACCCCGUCUUAUUUAUGGACACGUGGGGGGACAGUUGCAGGUGGGAUGAAGUAUUUGAAAGAUUCUGUUAAGCCUCCAGCUCAGUUACUUUCCAAUAACAAUAAUAAUAGCAGUAUUACUAAUAGCAGCAGUACAGCAUUAAAAAUGCCAUUGCCAAAAAUAAUGGCGUUGAUUGUCGAGUACGACAGCACAUACUCUUACAGUUUAUCGUUUUCUGAAAUGAAUGAAUUUUUCAAAAAAGUAGAGAACUGGAUGCAGCAGCAGUUGAGUACUGCGCCGAGGGGGAUGAAAAACGGCUGGUUCGUAAGCCAACUUGAAUUUUAUGAACUGCAGCGGACACUUUAUGAAGGAACACUUUGGGCGAUGGCUGUGUCAAUGAUUCUGGCACUCGUGGUGCUGGCGCUAGUGACGCUGAACCCCCUGGUGAGUCUCUACGCCAUUUUGACGAUCGGCGGCGCCAUUUUGUCGACAGUCGCGGCGCUCGUUCUGUUGGGAUGGAGACUAAAUGUCUUGGAAAGCGUGACGGUAUCGACGGCAAUCGGGUUGGCAGUUGACUUUAGUCUCCAUUACAGCGUAAGCUAUCGAGCUUGCAAGUCAGACAAGAAAACUGACCGCGUCAAAAGAGUUCUCGAGCAAAUGGGCGGGCCGACUUUAAUGGCCGCGGCUACCAGCGGGGUCUCGGGGGCUCUUAUGCUGCCUUCUCAUGUGCUGGCUUACAUACAGAUCGCGAUAUUUUUGCUGUUGAUAAUGGGGAUCAGUUGGUUGUACGCAACAUUUUUUCUGUGCCCCCUGCUGGCAGUUCUUGGCCCCUCGCCGGAAUUCGCUCAGUUCCACUACGCGAGGUUGAGAAAAUUUUUGCCGGGUUUCCGAGGCGAUGGGGGAGCUGACAGAAAAGAGGAUGCAAGUGACAGCGCGGGUAACAGUAGCUGCAGGAGCAGCAAAGUCGACUGGCGGAGAAAAAACAAAUCUGGGUGCAUGCUGUCCGAGUCUAAUUUGAGCACCUCGAGUACUGUCUGUCAGUUGCAUUGUCCGGACAUAGAAAUUCGUCUUCCGGCUUCAGAGUCUUCAUUGCCAUCACCUUCCUCACCUUUACUAUAUCUUGAUUCCAAUCAGACUGAUUCUAUUAAUAGUAGACGUUAUGAUUGGAGUGAAUUUUUUUGGGUAAUUAAAAAAAAAAUGGAACGGGCGAUAAGUUCAAAAUUAAGCAGCAGCCGGUGGUUGGAAGCCGUUUGGGAACCUAGUGCCAAAUUAAAUGUAUUGCCUGGUGGUCUCGAGAUGAUGGAUGUUGCUGGAGAUGGUGAAGCUCGACUUAUCGCUAUUGACUUGGGUGACGAGCUUGCGGAAAAUGCAAAGGUACGUGUUUUUAAAGGAAGUGAUCAAGUACAAGAAUAUUCAAUGUUACACCCACCAUGUGGAGUAGUUGGAUUUUAUACCGAAAAUAAUGAUCCCAAAUCAGCAGUAGUCGCAGUAGCUUCUUGUGUUGAUAUAUUUUUUUAUAAAAAUAUGAAGCCGUAUUUCAAAUACUCUUUACCAUUUUUAGAUGCUCAUCCUAAAGAAAAAGAGAUUUGGCACAAAGCUGGAGUAGAACAAGAGGUAAACAUAAAAGUUCUUUAUGAAGAUUUAGAGUUACUAGUAAAAGAACUGGGCUCAUCUUUCAUAUCACCGCGUACUUUGAAAUUUUUGUCUCUCGAUGAAAAUCUACGAUAUGAAUUUGCUGAUUUGUAUCGAAGCAUUCCGUUAAAUCGGCCGGAUUGUGCGACGACCAUUGGAACCAUCAGAAAAGAUUCUUGGAAUGAUCCAGCGAGUAGUUGUCUAGUUAUUGGUACCGAGGAAGGAUUUAUCUUAAUUUUGGACCCCAGAUCGUUUCAUUUGGCUGAAAAAUUCCAACUGGGUUGGGCUCCAGUGACGACAGUCAGUGCAGGCUUGUGGUCUGGUGAAGGCCUAAUUUUCGUUGUAUCAAGAGAAUUUGAGAUCGGCACACUGAGGAAAGGUUGCGGGACAAUAAAACUUUGGGAAGAUCUACCGGCUCCGGCUGUUGCGAUGAGCAUUUUACCUGGCGAUGGUCUAGCAGUCGCGAUAAUGACCGGGAUCGUUAUUGGAUUUACUGGCAAAGGUCAAAAGUUAUGGGAAAUAAAAUUACCUGGCUUAGCACUUGAUAUGAUAAGUAUUCCUGUUCAACAAUCUGGUUUAUCAUUACUUGCUGUCAGUGUGCCCAAAACAGGAGUUGUCAUUUAUGAUUCACAGCAUCAUGUUGAUACCAUCACUACUUUCGAACCAAUUUCUGCUAUGAAGUUUGGUAGAAUGGGACAAGAAGAACGUGCACUGGCAAUGAUCACAAUUAACGGAGGGCUGUGUGUCAAAAUACUAAAACGUACAGCAAAUUUUAGCACACGGUCUAGUGCAACAUCAACCAGCAACACAACCGAAAACCCCCAUACUAAAUUUUCGAUUCCCAAAAAAUCCCGACUGUUUGUCGAACAAACGAUGCGCGAAAGACAGGAAGCCAAAAAAAUUUACCAAAGUUUUGAGCAGAGUUUUUUGAGGCUGCAGUUGGCGGUGGAAAAAAGAGCACAUGAGGCUAUUUUUUCAAACACUGACGCAAUAAAUAAUCCAAUCACUAUGGAAAUAAGUGUUCUUGGCCUAGGUCCUACGUAUGUCAUACGGACUUUGGUGGCGAGUAUGGCCGAAGAAACUAACGAAGCGGGACUAUUUCUGGUUUUUCGAGCCAAUGAAACGACAUUCAAACCACGUGUCGUUGAUUUACCUCUGCUUCCUCCAGGUAUUCCCAUGCCCGCGAUGGUCAAGGCGACUCCCAGAAGUGCUAUUUCAGAAAAAGUUAAAGUCUUAUUGUGCAGAAAAGGUAAAAUGCAACCGAUUACCAGCGCUAUUGUCAUGAUUCCCAUCGCAGAACCAGAUAUCGAAGUAUAAUUAUAUAUUUUUCUUUGGUCUUUAAAUUUAUUCAAUUAAUUCAGAGACAAAAUAAAUAAUUAUUGUAAAUUUUUUAAAUAAACAAAUACAUUUUGUAAAUAUUUAACUCUCCAAUAAAAAUACUUACAUGAAA